GGAGUAAAAGUAAAAUGGCGUUUCCAUCUCGCAUAAGCUUGUUGUUGCCAUAGUAUUUCGUGUUAUAAUCUUUAGUUAUGUUAGUUGCAGAUGGAUUGGAUCAGAAGAAAUAUAAUAGAAGUAAAGAACUACGUCCAACACACAAGGAAAAUAACACAAAAGCAGUCGCUAUCAUCGUGAUCCGUGAUAUGUAGUGCCUCUUCUCUCUUGAAAUCUGUGCUGUCUAUAAUACAGUAGUGUCUAAGUGUGAAUGUAAGUCAUCGACCAUCAUCUUUUCGGUUCCUAAUGCUGACGGUCUACCGGACCGUGUUCAAGAUGUGUCUGCAUGCUGGCAACCGAUUUCGUACGAGAUUAUCUUACCUUCUUCUGUCCUGCAUGCGUGCUGUGCCUGGAAUCGACCUUGGCACCGAACAUGCACCGGCCAAACCUCCUGGGAAGACCGACCGUUUAGAAUCAAUCAACCGGGUGAAUAUUUAUGAAACAGCUUGCAGCAGCCCCGAAAAAUCCAUAUCAUUAUCAUCGUUCAACCAACCAUCAUGAUCCGGACCGGAUGCCGUCGAGGAUUGCGGAUGCGGAUCGGAUAUUUAGGCCUUUUUGCAUUGUCAACCUCCAGCAAACCGGAUCGAGAUCCGAUGGACAGAGCAAGAGCAGAAAAACGGACAAGUAAAUCGAAUCGAAAACAGGAUCAGCGUCCGAUCGCCCGCCGAAAGUGGUAAGAAUAGUGCGUUUUAAAUGUGUAAAAUCUAUUCUAUUCUAUCGAAAGUGAGUCAAUAUAAGAUAGUGCAUUCUCAAGUGCUUUUGGCGUGCUGUGUCCGACCAGGAUAACGCGCAAAGGCCAUGAGUGAUAAUUGAAAAGAAAGGAGAAGAGAGAAAAAAGCAUAAAGUGCGUAGAGUAGUAGUACAUCUUGAGAUCUUUUUGUGCGUCAAAAAAUCUCCAAAGUUUUCCUUAUUUUUGGUUUGGAAGUGUCGAUAGUGAUAGUGUUGCAAAGUUUGUUCAGUAAGUGAUAGUCGUUACAGUGGGGGCACUUGCCAAACCUAGCUAGCUAUUGAAGCACCGUUUACCGAGAGCGUCCGUGCGUUCUGCUGUGUUAGGCGGGAAAAGUAACACUCCACGCGAUCAAGAUGGUGAUGUCGCUGUACCGGACUAUUAAGGGCCACACGGGCACGUACAAGCGGAGGAAGAACCGCGAACUGGAAAGAAGCUUGGGAUCCCUAGAGGCCACACUGCCGCGUGAAAUGGUGUCACGACGCAAAAUACUGUCCCGCUCGCGGGACGACCUCAACCUGGACCAGUCCUACAUCACACAGGAGGAAGAGGAGGACGUCUGGUAUCAGAAGGAGAAACUCUACAAGGAACAUAUUCAGGAAGUGCUGGACAAAUGGACACAGAUCGACGACGAGAUCUGGGCCAAAGUGAUCGUCUUCGAGCGAAACCGGCGUGUGGCAAAAGCGUACGCCCGCGCACCGGUCCUGACGAUUAACGGCUCAGAUGAUGGAUUCGAUGGAAUGAGGAUUGGCCUGUGCGGAUUCGACAAUCCGAUGCGCGAUCACAAAACCGAAGAAGUCAAGCGACAUGUCGGACAGGGCGUCAAGAUCAAGAUGGACGAUGCGGGCAACAUUCUCAUCAGACGCUACUCAAAGAGCAACGUGUACGUGAAGAGCACGGCCAGCCAGCCGAACGAGGAGACGGCCAUCGGUGCGGACAUCCUCAAGUUGCCCGGCCAGGCUAUCGAGAGUGAAAAGAUUGUAAAGCUGUUCGACAUGAAGAAGUUCCAGUCGAACGUGAACCGCGAGCUGCGCCGUGCCUAUCCGGAUCGCAGACGUCUCGAGACGCAGUGUCUGUCGGCGAUUGCGUUCGUCAAGUCGGAGAACGACAUCCUCGAUUGCCCGGUGUGGGUACUGAUCAUCAAUGUGGUUGCAAUGGAUAUGCUGAAGAGUAAACUACCUCCCGCCUUUUUCCUUCCUCCCGCCCGACUUCCCACCUCCAUCUACGGUGCAGUCCAACGUCCGGUUGACAUUAAGAACCGUCCAAGAAUUCCGAUACCGGACGAAGAUCCGUACAGUGUGGCCGGCAACGGGGGCGGCAGCUCCGGUAGUUCCGGUUUCGGGGCCAGCGGGUCCGGCAUGGUUGCGGCAAGCCGGGAACAUUUGAUGCAGCCGGCGCAACCGAUGGGCGGCCAGCGGCGCAGCGAGAAACCGCCGAAACUACCUCCACGUGACAAUCUGUACGCAACGCAUGAAAUUGGCAAGCCGGAUUAUGAUGAUAUCGAGGAUGAGAAUCGCCUGAAGCUUCCGCGGGGUAAAUCCGACAAGGGCAAAGAUAACAAGAAGUACGAUGAUCCGUACUACUGUGGACUGCGCGCUCGUGUGCCAAACUUUGUCAAGUCGUCCAAAUCGUCGAAGGAGAACAACAACAACGGGCCCAAUGCGGCCGUUGGCGGUAGCAAGGAAACGGUCGCUUCGAAGCGGCUCUCGAUCGCGCACCUGCAGCAUCCGGCAUCGCUGCAGUCCCUGCACCAGCUGCACCAGAUGCAUCCGCAUCACAAUCUGAUGGCCGCCCACCAGCAUCACCAGCAGCUGAUGUGGCACGCCCGAAGCUACGAGAGUGGAAUCGAUACGGACGUGGUCGAGUCACCCUAUAGUCACAUGUACGGCCGUGUACCGCUGCCAACACGCGGCUACAUACCGGCACCGAGGGCCAUGUACAUCGGCGAAUGGGACUAGAGCCGGGGCCAAGCAAAAGCAAGCCAAGGCAUCCCAGACACCCAACUUCGCGCACUCUUUUUAUCCAUAUACAGAAAUAAGGCAAUGGCCGGCCGGAACGCGGGUGUGUUGCAUCGGCUCCAGGGCGGCGAAUAGCGAACCGGAAGGACGUCGAUCGAGCGGUGGCGUUAAAAGACAAUCGAACAGAGCACUGAACAGCGUGCUGACUACCUGUCCUGGCUGAUUGGUUGGCUGGCUGGCUGGCAGCCCGUGCCUGGUUUCACUUCUUUUAACUAAUAUUAUAGAUUAUUGCUAAUAUUAAUAUUAUUAUCAAUACUUAGUAAUCCGUGGCGGAAAUGGGAACGGAAUGGUAGAGCGCGCGUUUUCCCACUUCCCGCAUGUGUACGGUGUCUAGCAAUUAGGCAAUUUGUAAAUAAUAUUCAUCCAACCUCUUCCGAUCUGAUCAAAACCCCACUCUCCCAGCCCAGCGCCGAGCGAACGCUACGAAAGCAAUACUGAUGGAAUACGCAAAGUCGGCGAUGAGAAAGUAAUCAAAACUAUCGAAACGGGGGAGGGGGAAAUCCACCCAAAACUACCUUCUACCCUCUUCCCGCGUCGCCUUAAUCUUCUUGUACGGAACGCCAUCAUCCUGCCGGUCGGAGAAAACAAGGAGAAGAAGGAGCACUGAGGGCGAAACCUUCUGUGUGUGUGUGUGUAACGCGUACUCCUCUCUUGACGCUCAAACCCAACCCAACUACUGCCACAAGCUGCAUCUGACAGCUGUCAACCUAUCGCUUAAAAUAGUAUACCCUCAGACGACUGAACACGUGAUCGAUCGAUCGUUACUCAAAUUGACUGAUCACCAGAUAAAAAAAAACCCCUUCCCGGUUCUCACCAAACACUGCCAACUGUUAAUCUCCCGAUGCGAGACACUACUCUCAACACUCAUUUAUCUUAGUGACCACACCUAAGUAACGGGCCACCCUCCCUGGAAAGAAGAGGCACGGAAUUCGAGGGCAAGCGAGCAAAGAAGGAUCAGGCAUGGCAGUAGGAGGUAUAGUUUUCAGUCAUAGCAGGUACUCAGCUUAGUAGUUAUCGUAUGUACUAUCGUCCUCUAUAUCUUCUUGUAAAUAUGACCACUACACAUUAAAACAAAGGGGAAAACUAAACGAUUAUUCAUUUGCAAAAAGGGUAGAGCAUUAUUGUUGUUUCGGUACAUUUAGGUCCUGUUUCUUUCUCUCUCUCUAUCUCGUUGCUCCCGCUAGUGUGUAAAAUGCUAUUCGGUAUAAGUUUUAACGUCCAAUCGCGGAAGAAGAGCUAAUAAGAGGUGGGCCACGCGUGUGGCGACGCUUCUUGGCAUACUUUUGUAUCUUUUUAUGAAUUUCCCUGGACUUUUUGUUGUGAAAUUCCGAACUAUAUCUGUACUCAUUCUUUGGGAGUGUAGGAUUGUGCCACCCUAAGCACAAGUCAAAAUUAAGAGCCAAUAGUGUAGGAUGAUUCCAGGACGACUUCCGAAAGUUUGUAAGGAACGCAUGAAAAGCGGUCAUAAGAAAAAGUGGCCAAUAAUUGUUGUAAACUAACUCAUGCACGCCAACAAAUGAUGAUAUAAUACUCAUUACUCGAACACGCUCGAAUGUACGAUUCUGACCAGACCGUUUGCCUGCCUGAGGCGGAACGGAGAAGAUGGAGCAAGUUGUUUAACUGAUCCCUAGUGAUGCGUCAUAUUAUAGCAGCAGCAUGGCAGGAUACUACUAGAGGGCCUUCGGACAUAGAUUGAUGGCGUGGUAAACUUCUUUUAACGGCUAGCUGUAGUGAAGGCACAUAUACGAGCACUGCAAUCUAUAAACAACUGAACUCCAGCUCUACUUGUACAUUGUCCACUAACAGAACGUACAGGGGCGAGCGACUAGGCUAGGAAACAAUUCCUACCGACAAUGAAAUAAAGCUCGUAUCGUUGAGCCAAGGGCCCCAGCAGCUUUCGGAAGAGUUGCCCUUCCGCUCCGAGCUCCUUAACCUUACUUAUAUGAAAUGACUAGAAUAACGUUAGUACUAUCGACGGAAUGGCACGAUGUGAGGAAACGAAAUGGGGCUUCAUUAUCAAUCGGGGCCGCUACUUUCGGGAACACCGUCGCAACAACCACGCUGGAGCACCUUGGUCGGAGCAUAUGUACGGACUCCGAUAGGAUGCAAUUCCUCGGACGGGAAUGAUCAUAACUUAGCUGAUAGGCGAUUGAUGCGCGCGUACCGCAUAGCUCGUACGGAAUUGGAACGAAAGUCUAAUCUUUUAACUGAUAAGCCAACACGCGUUAGAAAUUUACAACACGUACACCUGGUGAGAGGGCUCGUUUAGCGCAAACUACUUCCAACCGAGGGUAGAAGAGAUCCGGACAGCAGCAACUGUGCGUUGCUUGUGGGAGAUGGAGGUUCUUCACUACCUAGCAGUAGUUACAAUUGUAUUCCAAAAUAUUUUAAAAUCAACCAUAUUUGACACUGGACAGCAGCGGAAGAAUGGGAGCAGACGAGAUCAGGAUGAUCGGAUGGUUAGUAACACGCACGCGCAUGCGCAAGGCGUUUAGAGAAGGUCCAUAGCAUGAAGUAAGCGAAUAUAAGAUUCUUCUUCCACGUCUUGUCUCUAAAUAUUCUGGAUUUUUUGAAAUAAAAUACUAUUCUUGUAAUCGCUA